AUGCAAUCAGUUAAUUUCAGCUUGCAAAAAGCAUCAACACAAUUAGAAAGUGCUAUUUCAAUUAUAGAAAAGUUGCGGGAUCAAUAUGACCAAAUAGUAGAAGAUUCAAGGGAAUUAUGUAUGAAGUGGAAUAUACCCUUCAAGUUAAGUGAAACUCGUCAAAGAUAUGCUAAAAAGUAUUUUGAUGAAGUAGACAGUGAUCGGCGGCUUACUACAACUGAUGAUAAUUUUAGAGUUACUAUAUUUUACCCAGUUGUAAAUACAACACUAUUACAAUUAAGAGUUAGAUUUAAAGGAAUGAAAACUGUGUGUAAUGAUUUUAUUAUAUUAAUGCCUGAAAUAUUAACAUCAAUGGUUGACGAAUUGAUUGUUAAGUCAUCAUAUGACUUUAUUAACAAAUAUAAAGAAGAUAUCAGUUCUGACUUCACUCGUCAACUUAUAAUAAUUAAAGGCUAUUUAUCUUCCAAAUUUCAAACCAACUAUUUAAAAAGUAUGACAAUUCAUGAUUUAGCUGAUACUAUUGUUAAGGAAGAGCUAACAUCAAUAUUUCCUGAUGUAUUUAUCGGUACUAUAAUUUUUUUGACUAUACCAGUGACAUCUGCUUCAGCUGAGAGAUCCUUUUCAAAGCUUAAACUUAUCAAAAAUUACUUACGAAACUCCAUCAGUCAAGAGAGACUUUCAAGUAUAGCUUUGCUUAAUAUUGAAAGACAACAAACAAAUGAUAUUAACAUAGAAAAUAUAAUUGACAAUUUUGCCAACAAAAAGGCAAGAAAAAAGAAUUUUUUAAAGUGA